AUGACUCUCUUGUCUCUCUGGAUCUUUGCAGUUCUCCUCCGUCUCAUGUGCCGUUCACGUGCUGCCCUUCUCGACGGAGCAAAGUGUGGCUCUCCACGGCUAGGAAGCACAUUCGACCGCUACCUGAGGAUUGUUGGAGGCUCACCGGCGCUUUACGGUUCUCACCCCUGGCUGGUGUCUCUGAGAUUCAGAGGAUCUCAUUUCUGUGGAGCUGCCAUCCUUACUGACUGCUGGCUUCUGACUGCUGCUCACUGCUUCUCUACUUCCACAGCAGAGUUCCUGCAUGUUGUGGAGGCCGUAGUGGGCGAGUAUGACCAGAGAGUGGUGGAUCGUGGGGAGCAGACGUUUGGAGGUCGGGUGGCUUCAAUUGUUCAUGAAGUGCAGUUGGACCUGGUGGAUCCAGCCACCUGCAAGCAUAUCCUACAGACCCUUAGACCAGGACUGCAAAACCUCACAGUGUUGUGUGCUGGACCAGAGAGAGGAGGGAAAGAUGCCUGCCAGGGAGACUCAGGUGGACCUUUGCUGUGCCCACGGGCUGAUGGACAAUGGGUGGUGGUCGGAAUCACAUCAUGGGGCAAAGGAUGUGGACGCAGCUGGAUCAACAACCGGAUGAAACCUCUGAUUGGAAGAAGCUCACCUGCAGUGUUCACUAGCAUCCCUGUGUUCAUCAAAUGGUUAUUCUGGAAAGGAAAAACAAUCUCCCAGUUAAAUGUACAAGAUGGAGCUCUAAAAGGCAGUGAGGGAAUUAUACAAUACCCGGUUCACCCAGGCCUGAACUACAGCAACAAUGAGGCAAUCUCUUGGUCUAUUACUGUACCAAGUGGCAAAAGAAUCCUGUUAGAAUUCUUGAAGUUUGACCUGGAGAACCACCCUCUGUGCCAAAGUGACCACCUCACUGUGUUCACCGGUGAAGGCCUACCAAUAGGCCGAUUUUGUGGCAGCAAGUCCCCUGCACCAGUGCUCAUACACUCCAACACCACCGUGCUUCAUUUCAUUUCUGAUUUCAGCAUCUCAGGCUCAGGCUUCUCUGUCCGCUUCAGAGCCGUCGAAGCUGACUACACUUUGGGCCCAGGCUGCGGCACAGUGGCACUGUUUCAAUCCUUGGCGACCGUGCAGAGCCCCGACUACCCGCUAUUCUAUGGCGACGACACCCAUUGCCGCUGGGUAAUCUACGUCCGCGAGGGUUAUGUUGUCAAGGUAUCAGGGCUUGAGGGUCAUGGUCAGGGCGUGAGGCUGGCAUGGUCAACUCGUCUCUGGGCAUGAAUGCAUUCAUUGGCUGUUUGAAUAUGCAGUGAGAGUGGAGACCUCGCGAUCAGUUUUCCAGGCCAGAGAGAAUGCGAUACUUGUUUCCAUUAGAGUAGGGCUGAGGGAUAUACCUUUUUUUAGGGAGGCCAGUACUGAUUUACAUAUUGGUGUGCAGUUUUGAAAAGCGUUAAGUAAUAAAACACUUAGGGUGGGGCGAUGCUGUUAUAAAGAAAUUGUUAAUCCCAGGGUGGCGUGAUGCAGCCUGAUGCAAAGCUGAGUUGUUGUUCAUCCCAAAGUUCAUUAUUUUCCAAUGACGGCUCAUCCUGAAGUGUUUUGCUCCUCUUAAACCACAGCAAUUUGAUGACAUUUAUUAGCUUAAAUUAAAAACUCAGACAUUGUUGUGGAAUAUUGUGGAACAUCCAUCCACAGUGAACAAACGUCUAUCCAAAAUACGACAUCUGAAAAUCAACAACAAGAGAACAGACCUAGAUAACAAAAAUAACAAAAGGCAAAAGCAAGGUUUAGAACUCACUAGAAAGACUUUGCCCAGGGUUCGAAUAUGCUAUAUGGAGUGUUGAAACAGAAAGAAACAAAGAAGAGGUUAAAAAAAUUCUGGUGAGGGCGCCCCCUGGCAGUCUGGAGGGGAAGAAUCUGAGGCCAGAUGUUAAUGCAGCACUGCUAGCUUUAGCAAAAUAUGGUGCAUUUUUAAAAUGGUAGCCCCGCCCCUCGUCCAGUAUGUAAGCAAAACUGUGAGCGUCGUUGUUGGAAUUUUCACUGUGAAGACUUACUACUUACUACUUACAGCCUCCAGUGCUAACACUGGAGACUCCUUCCAUACAGAAAACUUCACCAUAUCCACAUUUACA